GCUCCCCUUUUCCCCCAUGAGAAAAUGGUUUUGUGUCUGACCCUCAUUUGGAUGCCUUCUUGAUGCUAUUCCUUUAGCUUGAGGUGGUCAAAUUCUUGAUUUUGCAUCACCAUGAAGCUGGUUGUGCUGUUGUCAACUUUGAUUCUUCUCUACAUCGGAAAGUUUUUGGAAGGGGCCUCGGAGCCGGAAAUUUUGAACGUUGGAGCAAUAUUCACUUUUAGUACUAUUAAUGGGAAAGUUUCAAAGAUUGCCAUGAAGGCUGCUGAGGCUGAUAUUAAUUCUGACCCUAGCAUUCUUGGUGGGAGGAAAUUGUCUAUAACCAUGCACGAUUCCAACUUCAGCGGAUUUCUUGGCAUCAUUGGAGCAUUGCAGUUUAUGGAAACUGAUACCAUAGCUAUAAUUGGUCCACAAACAGCUGUGAUGGCGCAUGUGCUAUCACAUCUUGCAAAUGAACUCCAGGUUCCUUUAUUAUCAUUCACAGCCCUUGACCCCAGCUUGUCACCUCUACAGUAUCCUUUCUUUGUUCAAACUGCACCUAGUGACUUAUUCCAGAUGAUUGCCAUCUCUGAGAUGAUUAGUUAUUUUGGUUGGGCUAAUGUAAUUGCAAUUUAUAGUGAUGAUGAUUCUGGCAGAAAUGGUAUAAUUGCAUUAGGUGAUAAGCUUGCUGAGAGACGUUGCAAAAUUUCUUAUAAAGUAGCACUUCCACCAGAUGUAACAUCACAAAGUGAUAUCAUCAAUGAAUUACGUAAGGUUCAAAUGAUGGAAUCCCGAAUUAUUGUUCUUCAUACCUCAACGCUAUCAGGUCUAUUAGUUUUUGAUGUGGCCAAGAGUCUUGGAAUGAUGGAGAAGGGGUAUGUUUGGAUAGCCACUACUUGGCUUUCCACCGUUCUAGAUUCCCAGGCUCCUCUUCCCUCAAAGAGAGCCAACUCUAUCCAAGGAGCACUCACACUUCGCCCACAUACACCUGACUCAAGAAGAAAAAGAGAUUUUAUGUCACGUUGGAACCAGCUCAGUAAUGCCUCUAUCGGUUUCAAUCCUUAUGGUCUAUAUGCCUAUGAUACUGUUUGGAUUAUUGCUCAUGCAGUGAAGCUGUUUUUGGAUCUGGGUGGUAACAUUUCAUUUUCAAUUGAUGAAAAAUUAAGUGGUUUUGAAGGAGGGACCCUGAAUCUGUCUGCAUUGAGUAUAUUUGAUGGAGGGAAGCAGUUGCUUAACAACAUAUUGGCAACCAAUAUGGCAGGUCUGGCAGGCCCUAUUGUAUUUAAUCAAGACAGAUCCCUCUUAAAUCCUUCAUAUGACAUUAUAAAUGCUAUUAAAACUGGGUAUCAGCAGAUCGGAUACUGGUCUAACCAUUCUGGGCUAUCUGUUGUGCCCCCAGAGACUCUCUAUCAGAAAAAGUCUAACCGUUCUAGUUCCAACCAACAUUUAGGCGGUGUGGUAUGGCCUGGGGGAGAAACAAAUACACCUCGUGGAUGGGUUUUGCCUGACAAUGGAAGGCAGUUAAGAAUUGGAGUUCCAAAUCGAGUUAGUUAUCAAGACUUUGUCUCAAAAAUCAAUGGGACUGAUACUGUUCAAGGAUAUUGCAUAGAAGUUUUUCAAGAGGCCAUAAAGUUGCUGCCUUAUGCAGUUCCAUACAAGUUUGUUCCAUUUGGAGAUGGUCAUCAAAAUCCUAACUACAAUGAGCUUGUUUAUUAUAUCACUUCUGGAGUUUUUGAUGGUGCUGUAGGCGACAUUGCAAUAGUCACAAACCGAACAAAGAUGGUAGAUUUCACUCAGCCAUAUAUAGAAUCAGGGCUUGUUGUUGUGGCUCCAGCCAAAAAGAUAAGUUCGAGCCCUUGGACUUUCUUACGGCCAUUUACCCCAUGGAUGUGGGGAGUAACAGCAAUUUUUUUCCUUGUCGUGGGAGUAGUUGUGUGGAUUCUGGAACAUAGAAUAAAUGAUGAAUUUCGAGGGCCUCCCAAGCAACAGAUAGUCACAAUUUUGUGGUUCAGCUUUUCUACAAUGUUUUUUGCCCAUAGAGAAAAUACAGUAAGCACACUUGGACGUGUUGUGCUGAUCAUUUGGCUUUUUGUAGUCUUGAUAAUCAACUCAAGCUAUACUGCAAGCUUGACAUCAUUUCUCACAGUGCAACAGUUAUCAUCACCAGUUAGUGGAAUUGAUACCUUGAUAACUAGCAAUGAACGAAUAGGCUUCCAAGUAGGGUCUUUUGCUGAAAACUAUAUGACUGAGGAGCUGAAUAUUCCAAAAUCUCGACUUAUUGCUCUUGGCUCACCAGAAGCGUAUGCUAUUGCCCUUGAGAAUGGAACUGUGGCUGCGGUUGUUGAUGAACGACCAUACAUUGAUCUCUUCCUCUCCGACCAUUGUGAAUUCUCAAUCAGAGGACAAGAGUUUACCAAAAGUGGGUGGGGAUUUGCAUUUCCUAGAGACUCUCCAUUAGCUGUUGACAUGUCAACUGCCAUACUUAGUUUAUCUGAGAAUGGCAAACUUCAGAAGAUCCACGAUAAGUGGCUGUCAAGAAAGGUUUGCGAUUCUCAGGAUUCUGACUCUGGUUCAGAACAGCUGAAAUUACAAAGCUUCUGGGGUCUAUUCCUGAUCUGUGGGAUUGCAUGUUUUCUUGCUCUCCUCUUAUACUUCUGCUUGAUGUUUCGCCAAUUCAACAGGCAUUUUGCAGAGGUAUCUGAUCCUUCCACCCCUGGCAGCUCUCGUUCUGCACGUCUGCAAACAUUUCUGUCAUUUGCUGAUGGGAAGGUAGAGAGACACAAAAGCAGCUCAAAAAGGAAACGGAAUGAUAUGUCAUCAAAUGGUUCCAGGAAGGAAGAAAAUGAAUCGGUGAACAGAUCCAAUAGAAUAGAAAGGGACAUUUCUCAAGAAAGGCAUAUUAGCGACUCUAGGUUCUCUGUUUCCUCUGAGACCCCUGCUGCAUAUUAGGGCUCUAGCACGUCACUGCAUGUCUUUAUCCUUAAUCCAAAUGUAUAUGCACUGGCUUCUUAUGUUGAGGCUUCUUCCUGUCACUCUGAAGGUCAUUGAGGCAGGUGUUUCAAACUAAUAUAAUCAUCCGUGGUUUCUUUUUUUUUUUUAAUAUUGAUUGCACAAUGA